AUGACCGAAGUCAAAGUCGACAAAGCUCUCUUCUCGCAAUCAGCCGGUAAAACAGUGCUCAUAACCGGUGCAGCGCGUGGGAUCGGAGCCGCAACAGCGAUCUUAUUCAACUCCCACGGCGCCAAUGUCAUUCUCGCCGACCUCCCGCAGCUGCGAGAGAGCGCCAAUGAAGUAAUUCAGAACCAGAUAGAAUUCCCAAGCCACGCAAUAUUCGUAUCUACCGAUAUCACCAACUGGACAGAGCUAACAGCAUGCUUCGAAGCGGCAAUAACCACCUUCGGUAAGGUUGACAUCGUCAUAGCCAAUGCGGGUAUUAUGGAGUCUGAGUCCGUCCUGGACAUGGACAACGUGGAUGCGAACGGACGUCUUCUCGAGAGUCUGGAGGCGGGGAGGGUUAUUGAUGUGAAUCUAAAAGGGACAUUGAACACUCUCCGCUUAGGAUUACACUAUACGAAGUCCUCUACAUCAACCACUCAAGGCCUGCAACCAACAAAGUCAAUCUUGCUAGUUGCAUCCACAUCGAGUUAUUUCGGCGGAACAGGUGUAGCCGCCUACAUCGCGUCGAAGCACGGCGUGCUCGGUCUCCUGCGGGCGUGUCAGGAUGUUGCGCGCGUGCACGGCGUCCGGGUUAAUGCUGUGGCGCCGUUUUUGACACCGACUCAUAUCACAGCGGGCUUUGCGCACAAGUGGGAUGAGGCGGGUCUUGAGAAAAAUACUCCGGAUCGAGUUGCGGAGGCUAUUGCGCUUGUGGCUUUGGAUGAAAAGCGGCAGGGGGAGUGUGUUUUGGUUGCUGGUAAGUAUCUCCGAGAACUUGAGGGGUCUAGGACAAGGCUCUUGCCGUUGUGGUUUGGGGCGGAUCUUACGGAAUUUAUGCGUGAGGCUAUGCAGUUCUUUGUUAGUAUUGGGGGAUAUGUCUUGCCUAAGAAGUACUAG